CUUAAAUACAGUCUCACUUCUUAAGGCCAGAGAAUUGUCGGAGAUUUAGGGGGUGUCCUAAGUAGCGCGAAGGUUUCGGGACGUCGCGGAAACGAGAAGGUUUGGUCCCUAACCGUUUUUAAUUUAAAGGAAAUCGUGCUGUACCUUCUUGUGACGUCCCCAGGUGUCACUAAAUGUUUUACUUCGACACUCCCUUAGUCCACCGCUUUGGAGUUCCCAUCCCCUGUUUCAUCAUUAGCUGCAUAGUUGGGCUCCCUUGACGACGCCGUUACCACACUAGACGAACCUCGCGUGCAUGCUGGCUAUCCGCGAUGCAAGCUGCCGCGACAUUGGCCCUGCCGGCGUCGCCCGUGCACGGCUCUGCGAUCUGCUGGUCGCACGACAACCUGCUGGCAGCGGCGCUCGGCCCGCUCGUCGUCAUCCUGAACCCGGCCAAUUUCAAAGGGCCACGUGGCUUCAUCCUGUUGCAGCCGUCGGAUUCUCUAGAUGCCCAGAUCAACGGCCACGUGGCUGACCCAGAUCUACCUGCUCCGGUCCUCACCUCCCUGCGGCUGCGCGCUGACUCCUCUCUCUCCGUCCGCUCCCUUGCUUGGUCCCCUGCGCUGCCCCACUCCAUCCUCCAAGGCGGCUGCCACCUGGCGGUGUGCUCCUCGGAUGGCAGGCUGAGAGUGUUCAGAGCUCCGGUGCAGGAAGCAGGCUCCAGGUGGAUCCAGGUGGCAGAUCUCUCUGCCUCGCUUGCUGCUCGCCUGAGAGACACGUGGCAGAGCAAGCCACGUGGCAGAGAUGAGGCAACGACACCUGGCAUAGAAGACAAGGCGACACAUGGCAGGGCUGACAAGAGGACACGUGGCGCUUGUGUGGACAAGUCACGCAGCAGCCACCAGAAGGAUCUGGGAAGUUCAAGAGAGGGGGUGGGGAGAGCAGGGAGGAAGAGGAGGAGGGCUGAAAGGUAUGGGGAAUUCGCGGAGGGGGGAGGAGAGGGGGAAGAGGGGGGAGAGGGGGAAGGGGGAGAAGGGAGUGAGGAGGAGGAGGAAGAGGUGAUUGCAGAGUGGGAGAAAGAGGCAGAAGGGGAGGAGGAGGAGUCCGAUGAGGAGGAUUGGGAAGAGGAGGAGGAUGACAGGGAAACAAUUAAAGAAGCAGCAGCAGCAGCAGCAGCAGCAGCAGCAGGAGGAAAGGCUGCAGCAAAAAGGACUAAAUCUUCCGGACGGCCAGGUCUCAGCCCAGAACAACCCGGCCAAUCAUGCCACAUCACUCCGAACCAGUUCGCCGCCCGGCACAAGCGCUUGUUCGCCACGUGUGUGGCAUGGUCCCCACUAGUCGCGCUGACGUGGCAAGCAGACCAGCAGAUGACAGCAAGGUCUGCUUCGCCUCACCUUGAGGACUACCCUGAUAAAGCAGCACGGCCAGGCGAGGCAGAGCAGCAGGUGCCCAGGGAAGCACAGCAAGGCGAAGCAGUGCCACCCCUCCCCGUCUCACCAGAGGGCCCGUUUUGGAGGACUCUAAUCAACCAGCCUUCCUUCUCAUGCCUGGCUGCUGCCUCCCAGUCAGGUCACAUCUCCCUCUGGCGCCAUUCCUUCCCUCCCCAACCCUCCCCUCUCCCUUUCUCUCCUCCUACUCCUCCUCCUUCUCAACCCGCCAAGGCGCCUCACACUGCUCCUCCUGCUCUUCCUCUUCCCUCCUCUCCGUCUCCUCGUUCGCCGUCCGACUGUCCGUGGGCUCUCCUGCGGUCGCUGAGAGCGCAUCCUGGCCGUUGGAUCACCGCGCUGACUUGGCUGGAUGACGUGGCUUGUAGCUGUGGUGAUGUGGCACAUGAGGAGAUGGAAAGGGGAAGCAAGGGAAGAAGUAGCAAUAGCAGCAGCGGCAGCAGCGGCAGCAGCAGCAGUGGUGGUGUGAGGCUGCUCCUUGUGUCGGGUGCUUCCGAUGGAAGUGUGACUGUAUGGCAGGUGACCUUCUCUCUCCCCUCGCCACAAUCACAACCAGCAAGAGCUCACCAUUCUUCUAGUGGCUCUGCCCACCUGCCCAGGCUGCAGACCAAGAUAGUGCUCCUCGUCAAGCUCGCCACUCCCAACAUGUCCCCAGUCACCUGCCUCUCUGUCUCGCUUCUUUCCCAUGCCAUGCUUGGCGCUUUAACUGGACUUUCCACGGCUGCUGCUGCGGGUGGGGAUACUGCUAGUGCUCCUAGUGCUGCUGUUGCAGCAGUGGCAACACCAGCAGAAGCAGCACCAGCAGCAGCAGCAGCAGCAGCAGCAGCAGCAGCAGCAGCAGCACCAGCACCAGCAGCAGCAGCAGCAGCAGCGCCAGCAGCAGCAGUGGUGGUGGCAGCAGGGUGUGCAUCGGGGCAAGUGGUGGCAUGGGAGAAAGGAAGGGAGGGGGCUGAAGGAAAGGGGAAAGUGAGAGGAAAGGAAGGGAAAGGCGAGGGACGGAGGAAAGGGAUUACCGCAGCGGCAAGUGGCAGUAUGGUUGUGGCGGGAUGGGCGGAUGCACAUGCGGCAGCAGUGACAGGGGUGGUGGUGGUGGUGGGGCAGGCAGGAACGGCUGCUCUCUACUCCUGCUCCCAGGUCGACUCAAUCAAGUGUUGGUCCGUCACCCCCCCACCCACCUCCCACACCUCCUCCUCCACCGCCCUCCCCUCCUCUCCACCCGCCGCCUCUCUCCCCCCUGAUUUCCUUCCCCUGCGGCCACUUCCCCUUCCUCGCCUCACCUCCUCCCUCCCUUUGUCUGUCUCAGACGACUCUGAUAAUGUCGCGCAGUCCACUCGCAGUGUGCCCAACGACUUCAUCGGGUGCUUCAGCCUCGCCUCCUCCCCCAGUGGCCUCCUGAUCGCAACGGUUCGGGACAUGGCUCGGCAUCUGAAGGACGACAUGUACACCAAGUCAUUCAAGGCAGCGGUGCAGCUCUUCUGGACAGCAGGUCAACGAAUGAGUUCCAUAGCUCCUCCUCCUCCUCCUGCUGCUGCUGCCGCAACUUCGUCUGCUGCAGCCUCUGCCAUUACUCCUCCUCCUCCUCCCAGCACCCCUCCCAACCCCCUUGUCUCCCACCUGCUGCGCUGCUGGGGAGCGCCGAGGAGAGGCAAGGGGGCAACAGCCAGGAGAGCACGGGAGAUGACAGCAUGGGAGCUGGCAGUCAGGUCCUCCCUUCGCCGACUGGUACAGGGCUGCUCCUCCUGCUGCUGCUGCUCCUCCUGCCGCCUCUCCGUUUCCCCCGGCCCCCCUGACAGCACAGGAGCUCGCUUUCACGACCACGUGCAGCAGGUUGCACAACCCAGCCAUCCACCGCCUCCCUUCAUUCCCUGGGACCUCCUCUCCUCCCUUUUCGCCCUCGCCAAGCAAGCUGCUUCCCUUCCUGCCAAUGCCACUGCCACUGCCACUGCCACUAGCGCUGCAACUGCCACUGGUGGCAGCUCCAUUGCCCUCUCCCUUCCAUCUGCCAGCCUAGCCGCCUCUCUCCACUCGCCCCUCUCCCUCCUCCUCUCUCUCCUUCUUUCAGAGGUCGUUCCCUGCCCCCUCUCCCGCUCCGCUCUCUCCCACCUGCUCCUUGGGAGCUCAUUCCUUCCCUCGGCUGAAGCCGUUGGGAAUCAAGCCAACGGGAGCAGCAUUGGCCAGCAUCACCAGCAAUCACAGCAGGAGCAGGAGCCGCGAGCACCAGUAGAUGUAGAGGAGGCUCUACGGAGCCUUUCAACCAGGCAGCUGCAGGUGCUAUCCACUCUCCUCCGGCAGUUGCUCAGGAUGGUUUGUGGCACAACCCCUAGCAACCACCCGCAGCAGCAGCAACAGCAGCUGAUCUUCUAUGAAGCCGAGUCUCCCUCCUCAUCCUCCUCAUCCUCGUUCCUCCUCUCCCGUCUGCUCCCUCCCUCCGUCUCCUCCAAGCAAGAGGCACUGCCUCAGAAAAGUCAGGUUCAGGUUCAGCAGCCGGGGCUGCAAGGGCACGAGGUAAUACGAGGUGCUGAGAAUCCGAGGACUCAGGUGCAGCGGUUGCAGGGGGGGGUCACUAGGUUGGAGCUGGAGGUGCAGCAGCGGCUGGCGAUGUCUGUUAUAUUCACCGCUGCUUUUUGUCACAGUGACAGAAGGGGGGAGCGGGCAGGAAGGGCAGCAGAAAGGGAAGCUGCAGCAGUGGGGGAAGCAGCAGAGGACGAAGCAGCAGAGGACGAAGCAGCAGAGGACGAAGCAACAGAAGCAGCAGAGGACGAAGCAACAGAAGCAGCAGAGGACGGAACAGCAGAGAGGGAAGCAGCAGUAAGGGCAUGUGUGGGGCAAGCAGCAGUAAACGCGUGUCAAUGGGUGCUUUCUCAAAGCACAAAUGUUGCUGCUGCUGCUCCCGCUGCUGCGGCUGGUGGCGGUGGUGGUGCGGAUGCUACAAGUGCGGGGCUGAAGAAAGGCGCGUUCGUCUGCACACAAGGGCAUACGAGAGCAGAUGUCGCACUGCAUCCUGUUCUUAAAACCUGUGCGAACGCUUUCGCUCACUGGUUAGCACCUCCAACCCCAGCCACACCCCGAACCUCCCCCCUCCGCACCCCCCUCUGCCCCGUGAUGCUGGAGCCAAUCAAUGCCGCCCAGACAGCCUGGCAGUGUUUGUCUUGUAGCCGCCGAAUCUCCACUGAAGGGAUGCUCUGCCUGGACGCAUGCCGCCCGUUCUUUCUGCCCCCGGGCAAAGAAAACUUCUGGGUCCGGGCAGAGGCAUGGGUAGGAAUCUUGAGGGAACCUGAGAAGCAGUCAGUACCUGCUUUCACAAAUGCAGCAGAGGUUGUAACUGAAGGGAAGGUGACAACUGCAGGGGAGGUUAUAUCUGGCAUGCAGGUUACACCUGUCUGCCCGUUCUGUGGGGUGCAAGCUGUUGCUCCCUGCCCACGUACUCUCCUGUCACCUUCUUUGAUGUAAACACGUGCAGUACUACCUUGCUAAAUCAGGCAGUGUCUGGCAGAUAGGUUCCAUAGUAGCUCCAAAUUGCAGCUGGUCCCUUGUGUGUUUGUUACCAGAUGUGUUCAUACCAACACGUU